UCAUCCCUUUUUUGGCAGGCCAAAAUGGCAUCUCAUCAAUUUAUGUGUUUCCUAGUAAUGAUAUCUCUAAUGAUUAUCAAUAUUAGUGCAAACAAGGCAUGCCACCCUGAUGAUCUCAAGGGUCUCAAUGACUUCAAAGCUGGCAUACAUUCUGAUACUUCAGGCAGACUAAGCAAAUGGAUUGGCCAAGAUUGUUGCAAUUGGCCAGGCAUUUCUUGUAACUCUACAACUAACAGAGUUGUAAAAAUCUAUCUACCUGGUCAUUAUGUAUCUGGUGAUGAUGAAUCUCCAAACUUCGUGUCAAGUACAAUGAGUGGUUCAAUCUCUCCUUCAAUUUCACUUCUCACUUCACUACAAGUUAUUGAUCUUAACAAACUAGUCGGACUAACAGGGCAAAUUCCCGAGUCCAUUGGGGUUCUCAAGAAUCUCAAAGAACUCAACUUACAAACCAAUCAAAUCUCUAGUACAAUCCCAGAGUCAGUAUUCACAUUGACGUCUCUAACAACCUUGAACCUUGAAAACAACCACUUGAUAGGGGAAAUAUCGGAGAAUAUUGGCAACUUACAAGCACUUCAAAAGCUUUUCUUGUCAAACAAUUCGUUCACUGGAAAAAUCCCAGUUUCAAUAUCAAAAAUACAUUCCAUUUCCACUAUCCACUUAGAAACAAAUCAACUUGUUGGUGAAAUACAAUUGCCAUUGAGUCCUACCCAAUGGCCUUUAAUUAAAACUUUGGCUCUUGACAACAAUAAACUUACUGGAGUUAUACCUGAUUCAAUUGGUUAUUUGACAACACUUUCAUCACUCUCUAUAUCAAAUAAUCAACUCACAGGACCUAUUCCUUCUUGUCUGGGAAACAUAAAGCAAUUGCAAAUAUUGAAGGUCAAUAACAACAACUUCUCUGUUGAGAUGUUGCCAACGACGAUUUGUGGACUUACUGAGCUAAGUGUUUUGUAUGUUGCUCAAAACAAGAUUCAUGGACCAUUACCUGGAUGUCUUUCAUCAUUCAAGUACUUACUAGAUGUCGAUAUACCGUUCAAACGUACAGUCACUCUUCCUAUGGGAGUACACAAACAAUAAGUAACAGUGACGGAGCCAAAAAUUCUGAAGGAAAUCCAAAAAUGCCUCAAUUUGAAAUGUUAUGUAUGUAUACAAUAACCAAAAAAAAAACUUGUUUUUACUUAUUAUCUCUAUGUUAUAUGAGACUCCAACUAGCCAGAAUCACUGGCUAGUAUGAAAAAAAUCUAAUACAUAAAGUACUUUCUUUGUUUUA